AUGAAGCUCAAGCUACUUUUCGCAAUAGCAGCGACGCCGGCUCUACUCGGAGGACAGGAAAAUGAGGCUGUCUUUGGCAUUCGUCUCGAGGUGGAGGAAAGCAACAGCCCUGGGGAGAGCAGCAUAUAUCUCACUCUCGGCGAUGAGUCCGCCUAUACAGAUGCUGCCGGCUGGCCGACGUCCGAGGGCUACAGCCUGACGACCAAUGGCUCGGGAAUCUUUAUCACUGGAGCCAGUUCGCUCGUUGUCUGGUGGGGAACGUGGACCGUCUUGCAGCAGGCUGCUCUGCGCGAGGACGACCCGGGCCUGCCGUACGGCUCAGCGAACGACAUGCUUGGCUGGGGCGAGCGCGGUAUGAUGCUCGACGCUGCUCGAAAUUAUUAUCCCAGGACCUUUCUCAUCGAGAUGUGCUCCUACAUGUCAUUUUUCAAGCAAAACAUCUUUCACCUGCAUUUGAGCGACAAUUUAUUCAACAGCAAAAACUAUUCGCGGGAGCAGUCGCUUGGGCUAGACGCCUGGUUCCGAUUUGGUCUGACUAUGAAGAUCUAG